AAACGUAAAAAUCCUAAAUUGUCAACUAGAUUUUUAACUUCGUUAACUAGAACUACGUCAAUGCAAAAUAAAGCUCAUGUUGUUCUUAAUCAGAAUGUUCAGACAGAAUCAGGUAUGUAUUGGUAGACGUAGAUAGGUAAGUAUUCUUGAGACUAUACAUAAGUCUAUUUAGUAUUUACGCGAGACGGCGACGACCGGCGGCACUUGUAUUACGUCGCUGCACGUACUACGCCAUGCGCACACAAAUAAAAGUUUUACGAGGCAUCACUAUACAUUCUACACAAUACCUAUAUCGUAUAUUUUACUACUCACAGAUUUCAUUCAUGUACCGAAACUAGACCUCUCUUUCUAUCUCAUUCAUCCUAAUCGUUUUUGAAUACGAGUGGGUGAAAUAGCGAAAUUUUCACGUAUGUUCGGUGUUCGUCGUCUCGUUGAACCGAGCGUUCGCGUCGUUCGUGGGGUCGAAGUCUCGCUCGCUCCCUCGCCCGCGCGCAGUAGAGAUCGCUCGUCGCGUUCGAAACGUGCGUUCGACUUUCGGGCGGCGACGUACGCUAGUAGCGUGUGUCUUCAUUAUUGAUGCAAAAGUUCCACGAUGGUAGAUCAUAACGAGAAAUUGUUACAGGAGUUGCUAAAGAAAAGUGGAAAUAAUGUUUGUGCCGAUUGUGGAAGCGAGGACCCGGACUGGGCGUCGUACAACUUGGGCAUUUUCAUCUGCAUGCGAUGUGCCAGUAUCCACCGCAGUAUGGGAGCGCAUAUCAGUAAAGUAAAACAUCUUGAACUCGACCGCUGGGAGGAUUCGCAGGUACAGCGUAUGAAGGAAGUCGGGAACACAGCUGCAAAGAACAAAUACGAAGAGAGAGUCCCACCCUGUUAUCGAAGACCUACGAAGAACGACCCACAAGUAUUAAUCGAGCAAUGGAUACGUGCUAAAUACGAGCGCGAAGAGUUCUGUCAUCCUGAACGACAGACUUACCUGUCGGGCUACAUGGAGGGAUUCCUGAUGAAGCGUGGCAAAGAGGACAGCCGUUACCAGCGAAGGAAGUUCGUUUUAAAUGAAAACGAGGAUACUUUGAAGUACCACCAUCCUUGUGAGGACUGUGGCCGAGCCACGGGUCCUAUCCGUCGCUUAAUCGAUCGUCUCCAUCUCAAAAACUUUUCUCAUUGGAGGUACCACGUUAAAGAGAAUAAAGAACCUAAGGGGGUGCUUAGACUGUCGGAGUUGAACGUCGCGUUCGCGCCGGCCAAGAUCGGACAUAUGAACUCCAUGCAGCUAACCUUCAUGAAAGACGGCUCAACGAGGCACAUCUACGUGUAUCAUGAGGACCCAGAAGUCAUUAACUACUGGUAUAUGGCGAUCCGUUGCGCUAAACUGCACCUGCUUCAAGUGGCGUUUCCAUCAACACCUCAGUCAGAUCUCAUCCUGCGGCUACCGAAGGACUUCGCCCGCGAAGGCUGGCUGUGGAAGACAGGACCAAGGUCCUCCGACGCGCACCGCCGCCGCUGGUUCACUCUCGACAACAGGAAACUCAUGUACCACGAUGAACCGCUCGAUGCUUACCCCAAAGGAGAGAUAUUCAUUGGUCACGAGUCCAACGGUUACUGCAUCAAAGUGUCGAACACCGGCAACGGGUGCAAGGAGGCGCGCUUCCCCUUCCACGUGGUGACGCCGGAGCGCACGUACUCGCUGGCCGCCAGCUCGCACGAGGAGCGCGCCGCCUGGCUCGCCGUCAUACAGCACGCCAUCAAGCGGCCCCUCUCGCCGCAGGACUCCACCAUUGAAGCCACCCUCGUACGUAAAAGAACGUCAUCUAAUUCCAUCAGCAUAUUCUCCGGGAGGUAGUUCUGAAGCGGCUCUGAGACGUUUUUUAUUCUGUAGUCUGUAUUCAAUAUCGCUUUACGUUAUCGAAUCUUUUCGAAUACAAGUAAUACCGAUAUCCGAUUAAAAAAAAUAUUUAAUAACCACAGACAUUUGAACAAUAUAUAGACCAGACAUAGUUAACAUCUUCUCAUCGGUACUAUCUCUGAAAGGUACUAUAUAAGUUGUCAAGUUUAGUGCCCCAUCUAUAACAUUUACGCGUAAUAAAACGUUUUAUAAAAUAACAUUAAGCUCCAUCUUUUAUUAAAAAAUAAACUAACAGCGUUGUAAAAAUAUGAACAUAUAAAAGAUAGCGUUAAUGAGAUUAUGUGAAAAAUGUUUCAAGUGUGUCGACUAUGUCUCCUCUAAAUAUUUUUACGCUCUUUGUUAACAAGACAUUAACAGUUCAAAGUUCUAACAUGGCUAAAUACACUUAAGUGUGAAAGCCAAGAAAAAAAAGUUGUAACAAAUCAAGACCCGUCUUCCCCAAUACAUGCCCCGUCUUAUAUUUUUAUAAAAUUUCUCACAAAUAAAAUGUUACAUAUAAUUUCGAAUCGAUUCGAUGAUUGCUUCAAGUUUUGCCAGAUGAGAAAAAAAAAUUAAAUAAGUGAUAAUUUAAUAUUUAAAUUAUUUAAAAAUGUUUUCUCUAACUUAUACAAACGUAGUGUUGUAGUGAAAGGGACUGAAUCUAUAAUUUAUGUGAGUAAAUUAUUAUUUUUUUAAUUGAAUUGUUUGGAUGUUAGUGGUAUGAUUUAUUUGAUGUAAGUUUCAGUACUGAAUUGUAAUUUACAACUGAACCCAAUAACCGAUCUGAAGAUUAAAGAUCCGGGGAUUAAAUUACGUUUUCACUUAUCCAUUUUUAUUAUAGAAUUGAAGAAAAUAAAAUAAAAUGGUUCAAGAUCGAUCGAUUAUUGAGUCCUGUUAUGUUGUCGAUAGCACAAAUCUGUUCUUUUACUAAUAGUGGACAAAACGUAGAAUUUUUAUCGGAAUAUUUCAAAAAAUUUUAAUUAUUCAUUCGUCUACAGUAAGAUUUAACCACAAAUAUAAAAAAAAAAACAAGACAUGGUAUUUUUCUUUCUACUUUGAACGUUAUGUCCAUUGUUAUGUAAUAUUUA